GAACUUGCAAUUUAGAUUUUAGAUUGAAGUUUCAUAAUAAAAAAUUCACACAGGUGUGAAGGGGUUUUGCGAUGUCCACAUAUAAUUUUGCAAUAAUAAUAUGUCGGAUUGGUAUUGGCGGGUGAUUGCCUUGAAGGCGGCAUUCGUGUUAUCAUGUUUUGUUUCUUACAUCCGAACCGAAGAUACCAUCCAAAAGUUACCAUACUGUAAUCCCCAUACCGCUAAAGAUGCACCGGUGUAUAACGACCUAGUGAUUGUGAGCACACUCGAUGGACGUUUGACUGCUUUCUCAACUGAAAAUGGAAACACGGCUUGGUCAUUGGAGACACAGCCACUGCUGUCGUCAAAUUUACACAAUUUUGAGCUCACAGCAAAUGGGAAAAGGGUACGGCUAAUACCUUCACUGCGAGGCACCCUGUAUAGUUUGAGUGGUGACACCUUAGAGCCUCUGCCAUUUGACGCUGAACAACUAUUGUCUGCCUCCUUUAAGUACUCUGAUGAUAUGGUUAUUGCGGGCGCGCGGGAAACUCUAUGGUUGGGUAUAGACGCACACACGGGGGCUAUUAUAUACGAAUGCAACUCAUCGGGAUGUAAUAGUGAGCAAGAGAUAGCAAGUGCUGGUCGCGAUAUAUUGGUGCUGAGGAGGCUGUCUAACACUGUGAGAGCGCUGGACCCACGCUCUGGGACUGAGAACUGGAACUUCAGUGUAGCGGAACAUAACCUGGCUCUUAGCAGACGCGAAUGCGCGGGAAAAUCAACCACGCCGAUACCAGUUGCUAUAGCAGUGGCACUACCGGAAGGUGUAGUUGCCGUUCGACAUCCGGAAUCGCAGCUUACGAUAUGGCAACAUCAGCUAGACGCGCCAGUAGCGAACAUGUGGCGGCUACAAAAUGGCGUCGUACAGAACAUGGACGUGCUGUGGGAGGCCACGCAUGCCAUAGCGGAUAUGGCUGCCAAACCACCUUCUAUUUAUCUUGGCAUACAUAAUACACAGCUCUACAUACAAGAAAGCGCCCUCUACACUCGUAAACUGGAAACGUCGAUGUCAACAAAGCCGUUGCCAUGGAGAGUGAAACAAUCCCGCCCGUUGCUAAGCGACGGCACCGCGCUGCAAACGUUGCCAGAUGCAGAAAAUACCUUGUCUAUGGUCGCUUUGUAUGGCAGCACUGGGGUGCAGGACAACCAAGGCUUCUUCCUUUACCUACAAGAGACAUGCGACCAAGCGGUCCAAGUGACAGAUGAACUAACACAACCCGACAUAGUCCUACCAAACAAUAGUGACGACACGAACCACCAUCACGUUCACGUACACGUAUAUUCUCUAUGGUUUUGGUGGAAAGAAGUACUUUUAAUCGCUAUAAGUUCCGCUCUACUCAUGAAUUUAAUGAUAUGGCCGAGAUUUUUCGCGGCUAAAAUAAGGCCAAGUACUCCAUUGCCGAUAAAUCAAGAGUACAUAGUUGUGGAGAGGCAUUAUGAAAGGCCAAUUACGAACCAGGUGGAAUAUUCUGGAAGGUAUGAGAACGAUUUUACGCCGUUGCGCUGUUUGGGAAGGGGCGGGUUUGGAGUGGUGUUUGAAGCGAGGAAUAAUAUUGAUCAUCAGUCGUAUGCGGUUAAGAGGAUUACGCUGCCGAAGAGGGAAUCCCGCCGCGAGCGUGUCCUACGUGAAGUUCGUGCGCUCGCAAAACUAGAGCACGAACACAUAGUGCGCUAUUUCAACGCGUGGCUCGAAGAACCGCCGCCAUUGUGGCAGGAACAGAGGGACGCUUAUUGGUUGCGUGAACUAGGCGGAGCAUCAGUAAUGUCUGAAUGCACUUCCCCGCAAAUAGACAAGUCGCCCACUAAAGGUGACGCGGUGACUCUAAACAUUCAUAAGUCUAUAGAUGACUGUAUUGAUGCACUGGAUUAUGACAAGAAGGAACCGAAACGGCUCAGAUCUCUAAGCUGCAACGACUCAUUCAGCAUAGUAUUCGACGAGAACGCAUCAAAGGACGCGCACUUAACCAACACUCCAACAAAAAAGGGCAGUGGGGACGAUUCCUUCAUAGUGUUCGCUAAUUCUCAGGAUUCCAAGGGACUGUCCCAGGCUAGGCAGGAUAUUAGCAAUAAACAGCUGGAAAAAGUUAAGGAAGUUGGCAGUUUUUCUAGUGGGAGUAAGAAAAAGAAAGGGCACACACGUCACUGGUCGCUGGACAUGUGCGUGCGUUCGGGCAACCCGAGCAAGAUGUACCUGUACAUACAGAUGCAGUUGUGUCGACGUGACAGCUUGCACGACUGGCUGCGGGACAACCGCACGUGGGAGUGUCGCCGGGACAAGGUGAAAACGCUAUUCAGUCAGAUAGUAUCAGCUGUGGAAUACGUUCAUCUAGCGGGUCUGAUCCACCGUGACUUAAAACCCAGUAAUAUAUUCUUUGCGCCAGACGGUAAAGUGAAAGUGGGAGACUUCGGUCUGGUGACCGCGAUGGGAGACUCGCAGGGAGAACCGGCAGAUGAGUCCCACCCGUAUGGCGGGCAUACGCAUCGAGUUGGAACCCACUUAUACAUGUCCCCAGAACAACUGCAAGGCCUCCCAUACAGUUAUAAAGUGGAUAUCUACUCUUUAGGACUGGUUCUAUUUGAGCUCUUACACCCUUUUGGCACUGAGGCGGAACGAGUUGAUUGUUUACUGAGAGUGAGAAAGGGCCAUUAUCCAACUCACUUUGAACAGAGUUAUCCGAAUGAGAUUGAAGUACUAAAACUAAUGCUAAGCACGGACCCGAACCAGCGACCCACGGCUAGCGGGGUCAAAGCAAGAGCGCCACUCUACCAAGCUACAGACGAACAAUGGCAUUUUACACUACCUACCCUAAUUUCGGCUUGAAAAUUUAAAAAAAAUUACAAAAAAAGUCAUUAGAUUUAAAAUUGACUAUCAUAGAAUGUGUAUAAGAAUAUGAAUAGAAAAAGUUUUGCUAAAAUUUAAAAUGAACAGCUUGUUUUGAAGAAUGCGCUUAAAAAAAAUAGAGCGUGUGUGCUGAGCACACGUGUCAGAAGUGAAACUUCUUUGACAAGAUUCAAAGAUACCAAAAUCAUCGUCUUACUCCGUGACGUUACGGUAUUGCCAUGCCAUCUUGAAAUUUUACUCUCAACGCGCCAAAAAGAGUUUCACUUCAAAAAUACCUACUAUAAAAAAGACAUGACAAUUUAUGCUCAUCGCAUUUUCUGCUAAUAUGCAUAUAGAACAGAUUGACUCCGUUCAUAAAAAUGAUAUAUUUAAAGUAUAUAUUUCAUAAAUAAUACAAAAAUGAACAUAUUAUAUUUUCUAAGUUUUACGGUAUACAUGUUAUAAAAAUAGAUUAUAGGUAAACUGUACCGUCAAAGACGCUAAAAGCUUUGCUUUAUUGCUAAAACUAUGAGGUCUAAAAUAAAUAAAAUAGUGUAGUUUCUAGGAAGUUUAAAAAUUACUAAUGAAAAAUCGUAUAUUUUAAAAAAACUCGAGGCAUAGAUCACAUAUUUAAUCACCAGUGAAACUAUCACAUUAUUUUUUAUCUACAUUUAAGUAAUAAACGCAAUAAGUAAUGAUAAGUAUUAAAAUAUAAAGACUGUUUUUUGGAGGAAUGUUGGAUUUGUGAAUGUUUUUAAAUGCUUUGUAGAUACUAACGUAGUAUUUGAGAUAGAUAUUGUUCAAUGAUUAUGUUUAAGUAAACCUAUGAAAUAUUUUUAUAUUAAGUUUCCAAAGGAUAAUUAAAAAUAUUUCUUAUGUGCGUUAUUUUUAGUUGAAUACCUAAUGUCUUUUUAGUCUUAUACGUUCUUAGCGUACGAAUUUAUGUUUGGAAUGUUGAUAGGAGUCCUAAUAAAUAAUAUUAGCUGA